AUGCGUAACAACCAUCUUGAACGAUUAUGGAAAGGAAAACAGAGUAUUGUCCACUUGAAGGAGAUUGAUCUCUGUAACUCCAAGAAGUUGAUUGAAAUUCCAGACCUUUCACUAGCUACAGAUCUUGAACGCCUAUAUCUUGGGGGAUGUUCCCUUAUGAAGAAAUUUCCAGAGGUACCAUUGAAAACCCAAGUUUUAAUUUUACAUGGGACUGCAAUCGAAGAAAUUCCAUCAACAAUCUGCAAUCUCACAUCCCUAGUCUCGUUGGAACUUGGUGGGUGCAAUAGGCUUAAUAAUUUCCUCAUCACCAUUUACAAAAUGAAACAGCUCUGGCAUUUUGGUCUGCAUCUUCCAUUGAAGAAAAGGGAGCCUCAACAAGAAGUUAAUAUACAUCUGAGGGAGUUAACUGACCUUUUUGUUUGGUUAUCUACGGUGGUAAGCCUAAAUCUCUCUGGAAACGAUUUUCAGAAAAUCCCUGUUACCAUCAAACAGCUUACUAAUCUCAAAUUGCUUAACCUGGUGGAUUGCAAGAGGCUUCAAUCACUGCCUCAGCUUCCGAUGAAUGUCCAACAUAUAUAUGCAGAUAAUUGCAUAUCACUAGAAAUGGUGGCAAGUCCUUUAUCCACGACAGCCAGAAGAGUAUUUGACUCUCGCCCAGAUUGUUUGCCGGUUGAAUUUCAAUUUCAAUUUCUAAAUUGCUGGAAAUUGGACCGAAAUGCACGAAACAGCAUAGUGGCAGACUUAGAAUGGAAGUUGCUACACUUAAAAGCCAAUUAUCCGGGAAGCGAAGAUUUUGUAUCAUCCGGGAUCAAUUUUCCAGGAGGUGAUGUUCCAGAUUGGUUCAAGUAUAAAAGCAGGGGAUCCUCACUAACUUCAAAGCUUCCUACACAUUGGUUUAAUGAUGAGUUCGUUUGUUUGGUUUUCAGCAUUGUUCUUGAAUGCAAGGACUUCCCCAAGUACAUUCACUAUGGUCUUAACUCUAAUUGCCAUAUAAGAACCAACAGAGGUGACAGCUUCAGUGUUUAUCCUGGUUUGGAGUUUUAUCGGCUACCUCGAGAUGCUAUUCGGUCGAAUCAUGUCAUUAUAAAAUAUGAUGAAUCAUGGAUAAAUUAUUGGAGAAGGAUACCAGACGAAGCAGAUGAUGUGGAUGAGAUCUCAAUUGAAUUCGAUAUUGGGGAAUAUGCCAGAGAGAAGGAUUUUAAGAUCAAAGAGUGUGGGAUGCAUUUACUAUACACUCAUGACAUAGAAAAUAGACAUGGUCGUUCGGUGGGCCAACCUAACUCUCCUUGUGGUGAUCUGACCCAGUUCUCCUUAAACCCAGAUUGCAUGGAUGAUGAUGUUGAAGAAUCAGAUAUAGAAGAUGCUAAAGAUAAUGGAGGCCAUAAUGACGAUAGUUGCAAUGUGGGCAGCCCUGUUGAAAAGUUAGUUCCUGUACUAAGUAGGAAGAAAAUGAAAUGGAAGCUAAAUACGUUUAGAUUUACUAAAUUUCUGACGGUCCGACGGAAAUCAACUCGAAAAGUUUCGAGAAACUAUUGUAAGGUCAAAAGAGCUCCCCACGGCAGAGAAGAUGGAUAUAGACUUUCAAUGAUCCAACCUAACUCUCCUUGGCAUGAUCCGACCAGUCGUCCUUGAAGCCAGGAUGUAUAUGUUGACCAAUGGAAAUCAACUC